GAGGAAACAGAGCAGUCGUCCAAGCUGGUCCUUGGGAGGUUGUUGGUUGAAAUGGCCGAAGUGUCCGGUGCGGGUACUAGUAAUGUUGAAGUGGUCAGGGGACAGACGUUCGAAGUUGGACCGAGGUACACAAAUUUAGCAUACAUCGGAGAAGGCGCAUAUGGAAUGGUCGUAUCGGCUUAUGACAAUGUGACAAAGACGAAGGUAGCCAUAAAGAAGAUAUCACCUUUUGAACACCAGACCUAUUGCCAGCGAACGUUGAGGGAGAUCAAAAUCCUGACAAGGUUUAAACAUGAAAAUAUAAUAGAUAUACGAGAUAUUUUGAGAGCAACUACCAUUGAUCAAAUGAAAGAUGUUUAUAUUGUGCAGUGUCUCAUGGAGACAGACCUUUAUAAACUCCUCAAAACUCAAAGACUAAGUAAUGACCACAUUUGCUACUUUCUCUAUCAAAUCCUAAGAGGGCUGAAGUAUAUUCAUUCUGCAAAUGUUCUACACAGAGAUUUGAAACCCAGUAACCUUCUUUUAAACACUACAUGUGAUUUAAAGAUUUGCGACUUUGGUCUUGCAAGAGUAGCUGAUCCAGAUCAUGACCAUACUGGUUUUCUUACUGAAUAUGUUGCUACUCGUUGGUAUAGAGCCCCUGAGAUAAUGUUGAACUCUAAGGGCUAUACGAAAUCUAUUGAUAUUUGGUCAGUCGGUUGUAUCCUAGCAGAGAUGCUAUCCAACCGCCCUAUAUUCCCUGGAAAACACUAUUUGGAUCAGUUAAACCACAUUCUUGGUGUACUUGGUUCACCGACACAUGAAGAUUUGGAAUGCAUUAUUAAUGAAAAGGCACGAAGUUACCUUCAGUCGCUGCCUUACAAGCCUAAAGUGCCAUGGACGAAACUGUUCCCUAAUGCUGACCCAAAAGCUCUUGAUCUCCUCGACAAGAUGCUCACUUUUAAUCCUCACAAUAGGAUAGUUGUAGAUGACGCCCUGGCUCAUCCAUAUUUAGAGCAGUAUUACGACCCUGCUGAUGAGCCUGUUGCUGAGGAACCAUUCAGAUUCGCUAUGGAACUUGACGAUUUACCAAAGGAAACACUGAAGGAAUUCAUUUUUGAAGAAACAGUACUAUUUAAACAAAGGAAUCCAAAUAUUUAGUUUGGUUAGACUUUACUUUUUAACAUCUUUUAAUUAGACACUAAGUGCUCAUAUGCUACUUUUUUCUUUAAUUAAUUUAAAAUUUCUUCGUUUUAGAAAAGCAGUAAAUAAAUUUUGUUCAGUUUUGAAAUUGUAUCCAAUCAAAUCUUUUUUUGUAAAAUGUAUCUUGAUGUUCAUUUCAUUCUACAAUGUGAGUGAUUUUAAAGGCCUAAGUAGUUAACAAGGAAGGAAAUUGCUAUUCUUAAGGUCCAUAAAUCUGAGUUAUUAAUUUUUUUUAAUUAUAGCCAACAUUCCUGUUUAGAUUUAAAUAAAAUCACAAUUGUUAUUUCAAAUAAGAGGUCUUGUCAGUAUUAAUGUUCUGUUUUACAAUUUAGUUAUGAAAAUUAAUUAAAAAUUAAAUAUAUAUAUAUAUUAAACAAAACCCUGAGGCAGAGAUUAGUUAGAAAAGAUAAGAAAUGAAUCUUUUAGAAUGUUAAUAUUUUGUCUUAACAUUUGACUAUUUGUCAACUAAUUAUUUUUUUACAUUUAAUGUAAAUUAAAAAAAAAAAGACAAAAAACUUCAGAUUUAUUUGCAAAAUGUCAGACAUAUUGGAGUUUGUGGUUAAUUCAAUGAAGGAUUUUAAAUACUUUGUAUACCAAAAUUUGAGGCCCCUCGCAUAGAGUUUUUGUUUUUCAUUACAGAUUGGACUACUUGUGAAGUCUUUGUAUUAAACUCCUACUUGGUUGAGAUCAUUCAAUCAUAUUUAAAUUUUCUUGCUUAUUAUAAAUGUAUUUGCUAUGAUUAUAAAUUUUAUUCAUGAAUGUGUAGUGCUAUUUCUUUUGAAUUGUAUUUCAUCAAUUAAUUGCUCUGCCUCAAGAAUUUAAUUUACUUAAUUAAGAAAGAAAAUUAAGAAAGAAAAUUAAAUGUUGCUUGGAAAUUUAUUAGGAUACUUAACAACUAUUAAAUCAAAACUCUUUGAGUUUAUAAGUGCUGUAUUAGACUUGACAUUUUAUUUUAAUGUCUUUUGUUGUGAAUAAUUUUUUUUGUUUAUUUUUUAAAUAUUAAUGUUGGUAAUUUCUUAAGUGCUCUAUGCUUUCUAAGACAAUUUGAAUUGUUUAACUAACUUUAUACAGUAAAUAUAUUACAUUUUUAUUUUAUAGCCAUCAUAUCUUUGUUGAUUCUUUGAUUAUCACAGAAGGAGUAGUACUAAUAAUUUCUCUUCACUACUCAUUUAAUUAUUUAUAUUCAAAUUACUCUGAUUAAUACAAGUUUUUCGACCCUUACUUGAAGAUUUAUCUAAUAGGUUUGAUAUUUUCUUUGAUUUAAUGUAAAAUACGUAAAAACAUUAAAUUAUUUUUUUGGCAUCCAGCACUUAAAACAGACGUGUAACAACACAAAUUAUUCACAAUUAUAUGAGCAUCUUAUUAUUUUUCUGUUAUAUAUUUUAUUAUUGUAAUGCAUUAUUUUAUUUAUAGAUUUUAAACUAGAAUCACAUUAUACUUUUAAGAUGAUUUACUGUGAUUUAUUGUUUAGAUUUAUUGUAUAAAUUUGCUGAAGACGAUUUUUGUUAUUGGUAAUUGGUAGCAUCAUAGUUCUAAGUUUAGUUAAAUCAUUUGUUAAUUGUCUUGUUGUUUUUAUUUGGAGCCUUUGAAACUAAAUAAUGUGAAAAUAUCGAAUUUCCAAAAAAACACAUAUGAAAAUGAGAUUUGAUAGUUAAUUAAUAAUUUGCCUCCAAGCACAUUUGAGCUGUAAGUGCUGUUUAGUGUCAAUGAUUCACUUUUUUGUUCUUUUUUCCUGAUAAAUUAUUUUUUAUUUUAUUCUAUUUGUUGAUUUUAUAUCGUGUUUAUUUAAGGCUAAUGGAGGUUGCACCUAUAGUAUGUAUAUUGAGUUUGAUUGGUAAAAUGAAAUGUUUGAAGAUUAUUUUUGUGAAUUGAUUUAUAGUUGCAAAUAUGUAUUGUUUAUACUGAUUUAUGUAUAUUAUAGUUUGUAAAUAUUUUCUGAAUAUCUUGUUGUAAUUGUUUAUAUAUUCACCAUUUAAACUUAUUCACUAAUCAUGUAUAACUAUUUUAUUUAUACUUUAACUUUUAAAACUAGGAUGCUGAAAGUAAUGAAGUUUAAAAACAAAACAAUUUAUGUGCAUGCAAGACUUGGGUUUUUUGUUAUAUUUUUAUGGGUAGAAAUCAUCAUAGCUUCCUUUAGUUUUUUUUUUUUUUUCUCUUUGACUGAGCUGAUGAGAUAUUUAUCUGUUAAAGUUUUAUUUUACUUCAUAUUUGCUAAUAUUUUACUCUGUGGGUGGGUUUAAAAUUUAGUAUUUACCCUUUUUACUUGCUGAUAAGAAACAUUCUAACAAUUUUUAAGUAUGAAAAUAAUUUUUGUGUUUUAGAUAAUUAAAGAUAAACAAUAAUGAAAUAAAUGUAUGCAUCUAAAGUAAUGCUAUGAUAUAAAUAUAUAGUUCAGACUUAAAAUCUGGUUUUGUAGUUUUCGUUUGGUCCCUUCUUCUUAUCAUAUAUCUUGAAUUUUACCUAACUACCUGAUUAUUCAUUAAUUUUUAUUUUAUUACAACCCCAGUUUCUAUAAUUUUAUAUCUGCAACUAUUAUUUAUAAAUUGCUUGGGCCUAACUCCAAUUUUUUCUUUAUCAAGAAAUGAUUCAUUAAUUCAAGUAUUUUAUUCAAAAGAUAAAAAUACCUUGUUUCAUCAUUGCCUUAAAUCAGAAACGAAAAGUUUUCUAUUUGAGUCAAUUCAUGUUGAUUGGUUGUGUGUUUUAUUUUUACUGUACCAUUUUUUAAGUCAAUAAAUAUUCCAUUAAGCACUCCAGUUAAUAAACUUUGUAAAAUGAAGUCUCUUUCGAGGCUGUGAUAUUCUUAACUUGAACGAAUUCAAGUUCAAGAAAUAUUUAUCUUAAUUAUUGUUGUAAUUUACACUCUUGUUGUUGAAAUUAGUUGAAUGUGUAAACAAAUACUAUGUUUUUGUGUAUUAAAGUUGUAUACGUUGUAAUGUAUUUGAAUACUAUAACAUAGAUUUUUGUCAAAAGUUUAAAUCAAGUAGUAUUUGUCUCACAAAUCAUGAUAAAUGGAGUAACAAUUAAUUAUUUUUACUUAUAAAUACAUUGCACUUUUGCAUGGUUGUAUUGCUGGUAGAAAAAUAUAGCAAUUUAUACUGAGAUAAUAGACUACUGUGAAUAUGUUAAUAUCAGGUUUUUAAAAACAAAAAUAAUCUGCGUUAGAUGUCCCCAUUCAAUGUCUAUGUACUAUACAUACCGAAUUUUUAUGCUGUAAGAAGCUCUGAAACAUGGAGCUAAAAGUGUUGAUGUUAAAAUAUGCAGUUUUUAAUGUUAUGUUAUCAUUUCAAUUCCUAGUUGAAAGAAUAGCAAAUUGAAAAUUUUAAAAAUCCAAAAUGGUAACUAUAAAUCAAUGUGAGUUGUUCAUGCAAGAAAGAAAACAUAAUUUUUUUUUUAACCAAAUGGGUAAUUAAAACUUUUUUAUUUUCAAUAAUCAAAUAAGGAAAAAUGCAGGAUUAAACAAGAUUAAUCCUUAAGGGUAACCCUUUAGCACUUAGAGGCCUACACCAUAGGCAGGCCAUCCUGAACUAGCUCAGCCAUGUUCUUGAUUCAAGUUGCAGAAUUUUCAGUGGCCUAGCAUGUAGGUCACCCACCAAUUGAAUUCCCAAUGUUUUAUUUUUAUCACUGUUUAUAUAAUAUUGAUUAAAUCAAUUGAAUCAUCUGUGUUAGCUCACUUUCCAUUUUGAUUCAACUCAAUAUCAAAAUAUGGCUUAUCAUUAAGGUCAUAUUCCAUUCCACCUUGACUUAAAUUUGUAUUAAACACAUAUAGCUGCCGAUUUUAGUCUAUCAGAAGGGCCACUAAAUCUUACCAUCAAAUUUAGUUUUUAAGGCUCUGAAUGUUAAAGGGUUAAAACCAAUUUUAACAAAAAUAAGAACUUUUACAAAUGAUUUAGAAAAUGUUUGGUUUCUUGAAAAAAAAGCACAUGGUAAACUGAAUACAUGAUAGCAUAAAAAUCUGGUGUCUGAUAUUCACCAAAUUAACAAAAUCAAAGAAAAUUGCUAAUGAUAAAUAUAUUUAAUCAAAUUUGUUUUCAUAUGAUAAGAUAGUUUAACUGGGCAAUAAUCUGGUGAUUUAAAGAGUUUUUAGGGUCCAUCCUAUCAACUAUAUUUCUUAUAAAUUAAUUUUAGUAAAUAGUGUUCAUGAAAAGUUUUUUUUUUUAAAUAAUGUUUUAUAUUACCAACUAAUUUUUGUAUUAAUUUAACUCAGUUCAAGAUAUUUCAGUCAUUUUGAAAUUUGAAAAAAUAUUUCCAUAAUAAACUAAUUAAAUUUGAUUAAACUUAAAUAAAGUGCACUUGAUAUGUAUAUUGACAUCAUUAUUUCAGAAAAAUUGCUUUUAUACAAGUUCACUUUUUUUUCAUCAAUUGUUAGGUACUUAUUGAUUUUAAAAUGGAAAAAGUUUGUUCAAUUAUGUCUGGACAGUCAAUUAUAUGAAGUUCCCUGGUGUGUGUAAAUAAGAUUUUUGUAUUUCUAGUAUGCAUCCCUGUUAUUAUCAAAAGAACAAACAACUUUUUUUGAAUAAAUAAUACUAAAUUUAGAUGAUUUUAAUUUAAAUUAUGCCUUUUAAUGGGUUAAGAAAUAACCUAUUGAAAUUCACAUUCAGGGAUAAUUGUAGUAAACAAGAUGCCAUAUUUCAUGUUCCAAAUCAAUUAUUUUUGUAUAUUUUUUGUAAAUAUUCAGACAUAAAAAUUUAGUUUACUUUUUCUUAAAUAUAAUUCUAUAGUAAUUUCUGUUUUAUUUGCUUAGCUGUACCUGAUAUACCACUUGUUUACUUCUUGUACUUAUUACAUUCUUUCGUAGAUUUGUAUUCAAUAUUCACAACUUACACUCCCAGAUUAAAGUCAUUAGAAAUCUUUACUAUAUCUUUACUACAUGUAUAUGUUUAAAGUCAACUUUUAAUAUGUAUUGUGUACAUUAUGUAUAGGUAUUACAUUUUAAAUUAAGGAAGUUAAUAAAUAAUAUAAUCGCUGCUUGCUCAGCAAUAUUGUUAUCACAUUUACACAUAUUUUGAUAAAUAAAAAAUAGUCUUUCGAUUUUAUUAAAUAUGUAUUUGAUAAUGAUAAUUCAUGUUAUAUACUAGUAUUUAUAUUUACCAUUAACAUUUGGCCAUUCAGGAAUAUUUCAGUGAGUUUUCCUAGAAAUCCUUUAUGUUUAUAUACUGAUUAUUAUUUUGUAGUUUUAAACAUUGCCAAUAGCACAUUUCAUGUCUGUGAUUCAGUAUUGUCAAAUUGUCAUUUAUAACAUUUUCCUAAAUAUUCUAUAAAUAUAUAUAUUAAAGAUAUAUAAAUAAUCCAUAAUUUCUUUUUCCUGUAAAAUAAAAUUGAUGGGAUAUUGAAAAAGAUUUAUAUUACCAAA